UGGUGGGAAGGAGGUAUUUAAAUGAUGGCUUACAAACAUAUCAGAAGCUGCUCUUGAGUUGCAAAGCUAAGAGGGAAGCAGAUUUUAAUAAGCGAAACCAAGAGACCACCAACAUGGCGGGGAAGCCCAAGCUUCACUACUUCAAUGCGCGGGGCAGAAUGGAGUCCAUCCGGUGGCUUUUGGCAGCAGCUGGAGUAGAGUUUGAGGAACAAUUUAUAGACUCUGAAGAAGAUCUGGACAAGUUAAGAAAUGAUGGGAGUUUGAUGUUCCAGCAAGUGCCAAUGGUUGAGAUUGAUGGGAUGAAGAUGGUGCAGACCAGAGCCAUUCUCAACUAUAUCGCCACCAAAUACAACCUCUAUGGCAAAGACAUGAAGGAGAGAGCCCUGAUUGAUAUGUAUGUAGAAGGGAUGGCAGAUUUGUAUGAAAUGAUCCUUCUUCUGCCAAUAUGUCCACCUGAGCAAAAAGAUGCCAAGGUAGCUUUGAUCAAAGAGAGAACAAUAAACCGUUAUUUUCCUGUCUUUGAAAAGGUGUUAAAGAGCCAUGGACAGGACUACCUGGUGGGCAACAAGCUGAGCAAAGCUGACAUUCACCUGCUUGAACUUCUCUAUGCCGUGGAAGAAUUUGACCCCAGCCUUAUCACCGACUUCCCUCUGCUGAAGGCGCUGAAAGCCAGAAUCAGUAACCUCCCCACAGUGAAGAAGUUUCUGCAACCUGGCAGCCAGAGGAAACCUCUUGCAGAUGAGAAAACUGUAGAAAAAGCAAGGAAGAUUUUCAAAUUUUAAUAAAGCAGGCACAAUGCCAAGCACAUGCAAGAGUGAUCUUCUGAAGUAUUAUAACAACCAAGUGAUUCAUCUAAAUACUGUUUCUGAUUAUUGUGAGACUAAUAAAGUUUUCAAAAGCAUAUGUGUUGA